CAGGAGUUUGAGACCAGCCUGAUCAACAUGAUGAAACCCUGUCUCUACUAAAAAUACAAAAAGUAGCCAAGCGAGGUGGCAUAUGCCUUUAAACCCAGCUACUCGAGAGGCUGAGGCAUGAGAAUUGCUUGUACCUAGGAGGCAGAGGUUGUAUCGAGCUGAGAUCGCACCACUGUAACCUGCACUCCAGUGACAGAGUGAAACUCCAUCUAAAACAAAAACAAAAACAAGAAAACCCCUUAUUCCUCCUGUCUAACCCAAAUUUUGUGUCCUCUGACUAACUUCUCCCCAGUCCCUCCAUCUCUCUUCCCUCUCUUCUUCUCUAGGCUGAGAGCAGCCAUUAGGACCAGGGCUGACUGUUCAGGCACGCCCAGCACUGGCCAGUGUGAGGAGGAGGAGCACAGAUCGCUGUUGUGACUUCCUGGGAGUGGGCUUACACUGGCAUCUGAGCAGGCUUCAGGAAAUAGAAGCAAAAUCCCCGGAGUGAUCUAAGGAGGACAAGCCUCACCUUGAAGGUUCUUCUGAGUCUUUGGCCUGGACAGAAACAUAAAACUUGAAUUUCUAAAGUGUCUUCUCCCUGAGUUUGGUGGCCUGCUUCUGGAGUGCUCGGUUCUGCUGCCGACAUGCCCACCCAGCUCGAGACGGCCAUGGACACCAUGAUUAGAACCUUCCAUCUCUAUUCUUCUAAGGAAGGGGACAGAUUCAAGCUCAGCAAAGGGGAACUGAAACUGCUCCUGCAACAAGAGCUCAUGGAAUUCCUCUCGUGCCAAAAGGAUCCCCAGUUGGUUGAUAAGAUAAUGCAGGACCUGGACGCCAAUAAGGACAACAAAGUGGAUUUUAAUGAAUUCGUGGUCAUGGUGGCAGCUCUGACAGUUGCUUGUAAUGAUUACUUUGUAGAACAAUUGAAGAAGAAAGGAAACUAAAGAUAAGUAAUAAGCUCAUCUAAAGGCACAAAUAUAUCUGAAGUUAUAUGCUUAAUGUUCAUUUAUACCCUUUAGAUCUAUAGACCCAGUAAUGUCAUUUGUAGCUAUAAUAUACAGUGCAUAUAUUAGUAAUUAAUUGCUACUAUUGAAUUAUGUGUUCCUUAAAAUACUGACUUUACAUAAAUAUUCUAAUCUCAUAUGCCCUACUUGAAAUUUGCCUAUAUUAAGAGGUUAUGGACGGGCGUGGUGGCUCACCCCUGUAAUCCCAGCACUUUGGGAGGCUGAGGUGGGCCUCACACCGAAGUGACUCCUCCCUCAGUCCUUCCCUGUGUUUUGUGCAUCUCUCAAAUAAAUGACUUCCACAAGAACCCUCAUCUCAGGGUCUCCUUCUGGGGGAACCCAAACAUGAAAGCUCCUCUGGAGAAUUUUAAGAAAGGGAGUGCCAUGAUUAUAUUUACACGUGUAAAUGAUUAUCCUAGCUACUGUGUAAAGAAAGGACUGUAGAGGCAGCAGUCAUGGCGGGCAGCCAGCGAGGAGGCUGUUGCUGUGGUCUGGGUAAGAGAUGAUGGUGUAUCUGGCCAGCAAUUCAGCAGUGGAGAUGAAGAGAAGCAGUCGAAUUGGUUAAGUAUUUUGGAGCUGGGACUGAUAGGACUUGCUGAUGGAUUGUUAGUUAAGUGUGAGGAAAAGAGAGAAGUCCAGGAUGAUAAAGCAGCUGCUGCUGUUUGCCCAUCUGAUAUCUCUUCAUCCUUUCUUCCAUGUAUCAGAACCCUGGUUUGUGCAGGGUGGCAAUGUGCCUGAUUAAAAAGCCAUAUUUCCUAGCCUCUCUAACAGCUGGUGUGGGGCUUGUAACACAGUUCUGGACAAUGUGAGACAAGCAGAAGGCUGCUAGGGAUUUCUGGGAAUGUUUUGCUGUUGUAGACAAGGAGCCAUAGCUCUUUGUCUCGCACCUUGUUGAUUCCUUCCUUCUUUUUUUUGUUGUUGGAGGUGGAUGUGAGGCUGGAGGUGGAACUGCCAUCUUGCAACCAUGAGGACAGUGGAGAAAAAAGAUAAAAGGAGCCUGGGCGUUGUUGUCAUUGAGGAGCCACUGCAGAGCCUUACUUGCCUGCUUCUGGUUCUCUCAUUAUGUGAAAAAAAAAAAAAAAAAUGACAGCUCUCUGGUUAUCUGGCUUCAAUUACAAACACAAUCUAUAAGGUUGAGAGUUUUGAUCAAGCAAAUGAUGCACUUUACUAAAAGGGAAGGACUGAGGGAGGAGUCACUUUGGUGUGAGGGCGUGUGGGCAGAUCAACAGCUCUGUGUAAGGUGGUAUUGGACAUCCUGGUGGGGUUUCAAAUGGGAAGCUGGAUAUAGGAUCUGGUCCGGACCUCAGGGUAAAUGGGGGACUGGAGAUAGAUUGGGAGUCAUUCAUAUCUACAUGGUCUUAAGCCACAGGAUUAGAGGAGGUCACUCCAGAUGAGUAUGUGGAUAGAGAAGAAGAAACAUCUGAUGGUUUGCUAUAAGGAAAAGGAAGAGCCCAUAAAUGAUACAAAAGAGGCAUGGCCAGGGAAAAGCAGGAGAGUGUAGCGCUUCAGAAGCCUAGAGAAGAUAGCAUGUGGAGAAGAGAGAAAUCCAUUGAGAGGUGGAGUAUCAUGAAAACAAAGACUCGACCACUAGAUUUGGAACGGUGAGAUCAUCUGUGACAUUGGUGACACUGACGGGAGUUGAAUUUUGGUUACAGAAGAGCCUAAUCUCUGUUUCUUUCUUUUUUUUUUUUUUGAAAUGGAGUCUCACUCUUUUGCCAAAAAAAAAAAAAAAUGACAGCUCUCUGGUUAUUUGGCUUCUAUUAUGUGCAGCUAAACACAAUCUAUAAGUCUGAGAGUUUUGAUCAAGCAAACGAUGCAGUUUACUAAAAGGGAAGGACUGAGGGAGGAGUCACUUUGGUGUGAGGGCGUGUGGGCAGUCAACGGCUCUGUUUAAGGUGGUAUUGGACAUGUUUAAGGUGCAGUGGCGUGAUCUCGGCUCACUGCAACCUCCACCUCCUGGGUUCAAGCGAUUCUUGUGCCUCAGCCUCCCAAGUAGCUGGGAUUAUGGGUGCCCACCACCACACCCAGCUAAUUUUUGUAUUUUUAGUAGAGUUGGUGUUUCACCAUGUUGGCCAGGAUGCUCUUGACCUCCUGACCUCGUGAUCUGCCCUUGACUCGGCCUCUCAAAGUGCUGAGAUUACAGAUGUGAGCUACCUCGCCAGGAUUUUUUUUUUUUUUUUUUUUUUUUUUUGAGAUAAGGUCUGACUCUGUUGCCCAGGCUGGAGGACAGUGGUGCGAUCUCGGCUCACUGCAACCUCCACCUCCUGGGUUCAAGCGAUUCUCAUGACUCAGCCUCCUGAGUACCUGGGAUCACAGGUGCAUCACCAUGCCCAGCUAACUUUUGUGAUUUUAGUAGAGACCGGGUUUCACCAUGAUGUCCAGGCCAGUCUCCAACUCCUAAGCACAAGUGAUCCACCUUUCUCGGCCCCCCAGAGUGCUGAGAUUACAGGCGUGAGCCACCACGCCCAGCCCAGAAGAAUCUAUCUUUCAAUCUGACAAGUAGAAGUUGCUCAAUAAAUCUAUGUUUAGGGAACAAAUGAAAUAAUCUGCCAAUUGUGGACUUUCUAGUGCUAAGUCCUGACAUUUUUCCCCCCCUUAAAUAGAAUAAUAUUUUUUGUCUUUCUUGAACCAGUUCUGAGCAGAUAGGACAGGAAGAAUUUAGAGAGCAGGAUAUUUAAGAGAAGAAAUGCAGACCAUUGGUAUUUACUCAUGUCUUUCAAAAGGUUAUGUUGUAGGAGUUAUUAAGAGAUUAUUUUAGGCAGAUAGAGAGGAAAAGUGGUCCCUGGGAAGUUUUCAUUUUUUAAAGCACCUCCAGAAAAUUUCUUGUAAAGCCGCAGCUCUUAAAGUCAGGCUGGCAACCUUUGAUAUGCAAAUACAGUUAUUAGGAACUGGGUCCACCCAACAUGGUCACGCCGGCAAUCUGUAAUAUGCAAGUAAGCCGUUAGAAACUGGAUCCACCGGGCAGCAUAGCUGCCCUGUCCUUAUCUGUGUAGAACAUCAUGGCGCCCUAUAUUUGCAUAUUAAAAGCUAGGGUGGGAGGGCCAGCUAUAUCUAGGGUUACAUGAAUGACAUGCCUGGUCAAACCAAUCCCCUGAGCCCUAUGCAAAUCAGACACUGACUUCUCCAGCUAUUGCAUGUAACUGGAUAUUACCUGACGUGGAGGGUUCCCUCUUUCUGCUUUGGAGCCCCUUCCUGUUAAAACAUGCCCAGUCUGAAUGAAGAGACCCCUCAAACAGGCUUUGUGUGAACAACAUGGCUGUUUAUUCACCCAGGUGUGGGCUGAGUCCGAAAAGGGAGUCAGCGUAAGGAUAGGAGUGGGAUAGGAGUUGGUUUUAUAGGUUUGGGGUAGGCAAGUGGAAAGUUACAGAUGUUACUGUUUAGAGCGGUUUUUUGCAAGCGGGCAGUGGGUCUUAGGGUCUGGAGUCUGGAGGUUGACCAAGGUGGGUUACCAAGUCCAGUUGCCUUAUCAGUUGGGGCGGGUUAAGUUCCGUUUUUACAAGUUGAUAUACUAAUCAUGCAAGAGAAGGUUUGGACAUUUUGCAGCUGCCUUUAAACUUUUCAUUUUAAUUUACCCCAAAGUUUACAUAUUCUAAAGUGAGUUACUGAAACAUGAAAAGUAAAUCCAGAAUUUUCUUCACCUUCUAGUCUAGGAUGGACAUUCUUAAUAUAGAGAAAUAAAUGGAAAAACAAAUGUUCAUUUCAUGGCAUUUCUAAAAAUCUAUUAAAAGUGGGGAAAAAGCAAUCCCUGUUUUAGAUUACAUUUCAAAUGAGUAAGAAUUACAUGAUGUACCAAAAGUUCUUUUCCAGUAAAAGAGAGGCUUUCUUUUCCUAAUGUUAGGAAAACACAAUUUUGUAGAAGGCAAAAUUGAUUAUUUCUUAUGCCCAGGGGCACUGGCCUUUGCAUUUGCUGGAGUUUAAAUAAAUGAAGUUUAAACAUUCAA